AUGGAUGUAGCUUCUCCAUUGGAACUGCGUUACUCUCAGCAAGGGCAUAAUUUACCUGGACAACCGUCCGCACAGUCGCAGAUUCCUUCCGGUGUUCUGCGAUCGCCGUCCACAGAUGGAGUUGUUCCAACACCAAUAGCGCCUCCGAUGCAGCCACCCACUAGCCCAGAGAAGUUUCAGCAAUCAUCUCAAGUUGCACCUGUACAACCCAACGCUAACACCACCACCACCAACACAAAUGGCAUUGGUCAUCCUCCGUUGAAUGCACAACCAACGCCAUCGGUGGCACCAUCGUUCGGCACGCAAUCCCACUCAACAAAUGUUCAUUCACAAGCCCCAAAUGAAUCCACCGCUCCACCUGCAUCAUCCAUGAAUGGCUCUAAAAUCCAACAACCGUCAGCCAUUCCCCGAAUUCGACCAUCCGGAAUCCCGCGACUGUCCAAUCUGCCUCGUCCAAUGCCUUCCUCCCCAUCCUUCGACUUGUCUCAUUCCAAUGGGCAUGCCCCCACCCUAUCCCCAGCACCGCCGUCAUCCGGGAGAGCACCGUCAUCGGCCUCCAGCUCUCAUUACCCGAUUAGUACUCCCAUAUCUCCUCUAUCCGCACCACCACAUGUCGAAAACCCACUCUCCGGCUCCAGCCGACCAUCCUUGGGGCACAUGGAUCUGGCCACACAUAACGAGAAUUACACACGCCAGUACUCCGGUCGAUCUCGUGCCGGGGUUCGGUCAGCCACGAAUCGAGGAGACCGAGCGACUUCAGAACGUGCCCCAAGAGUGAUCACCUCAAAGAUUAAUUCCCUGAAAAAUGUGCAUCACAAACCCGGUGGUGGAAAUGUUGCUAUUGUGAAUGAGAAAGUCCAAUUGGGACCGAUCAAGAGCAAGUGCAAUUCAUUCGCCAACGUCAAACACAAACCAGGCGGUGGAAAUGUGACGAUCGUGGACGAGAAGAUCGACAUGAGCUCAGCUCACUCUCGGGUUGGUUCGUUACAGAAUGCCAAACACGUACCGGCCGGUGGUAACGUCCAGAUUGUCACUCAAAAGUUGGACUUCGACAAAAACGCGAAGCCGAAAGUGGGUUCUAUGAAAAACGCGAAUCAUCGACCUGGUGGCGGUGAUGUCCAGAUCUUCAACGAGUCCCUUCCGUGGCUCAAAUACAACAAGCCGAAUCUUCCUCCGGAUGAACGCGCCCGUAUCAACAAACAGCGCUCCACCAGUCAUAGCGGAAUGAACAGUUCCAUGCACUCGGGUAGUACCGGUUCGUAA